GAGAGAGAGAGAGAUAAAGAGAAAGAGAAAGAGAAAGAUAAAAUCCCUGUCCUUCAGUUUACGUCCAGCGGGCGGAGUGGCAGGAGGAGCCGCCUUAGUCUUCCUUAAGGCUUAUUUUACGGCAAUCCACAGCUGAAGUUGCUGAAUAUCAGCAACAGCUCUUCAAGGUUUCCCAUCAAAGACAAACUUUAUUUACACCCUAAGUGUGGUUUCUUGCCACACUUUGUGUGUAAAUAGAUCACUCCUUUCUCACUCUCAGAGCAGUCUUCCCCUUCUCUGGUAUAGGUUACUCCUGUACCUGUUAAGGGGAUACCUGCUCUAAGUGUGAACUGUCAGCGUGGUAUGACUUACUGCUGAACAGAAAAAAGAGGAGGAAGAACAAACAAGCAUUUUGAAGCCUCUGAUAUUCCCAGUGUCAGUGCUGAUCUGAAUAUGGUAGCUCCAUAUGAAAUUGGUGACCCAGUACGAUCAUUUGUACGAGUUCCAGGAAGUGGAUCUGACAAGGCAGCGAAGUCUUUAUGCUGCGAUCUUGCCAGGGUGUCAUCAGCGGCUGCAGCGGUCCCUGUGCGGCCAGUCACUGCAGCUACCACACGGCCGAGCCCAGCAGAAGGAGAGGAUAGGGAACAGGAUGCAGUAGUGAAGAAGGAAGAGGUGCAAGUCAAGGUUGAAAAGGAUGAAGCAGCAGCAGAUUCACAGCAGUCAGUUGCUGAGCAGAAAAGAGAAGUGAAAUGCAGGAAGCGCCGUGCAGAGGAUUCAGAAAUAAUGGUGCAAGCCAAAAGAAGCUGUGUAUCAGGUGAAGAGACAUCGGAAGUGUCACCUGAUUCCUCUGAAGGCACAAACACCAGUAAAGGAGGAGAAAGGUCUGGAGUUCAUGAAAAGCUGGAGAUUUUGGAAAAGCAAUGCAUGGAACUAAAACGGCAAAAUCAUCAGCUGCAGCAGAGACUAUCUUUAUUCUGCAAACUUUUUAAGGAUCCAAAGAAGCUUGCAUUUGCAUUAAAGCGAAUGGAAACUCAAGCCAACUAAUUUUUUUUUUCAAUGUAGUUACUCAUCUGCCAAGAGAAACUGAACAGUAAGAUUUAACCCAUUGGCUCCAGGCACAUGCACUGUUAUUAUAAUUCUGUUUACAAAUAGACAGCAUCAUAAGUGCUUAGUCAUCAAAGAGUCAAUUCCUAGGCUAACCAGACCUCACCUGUUUAACUCAUUCCUUAAAUUUUUGAGAAUAAAAAGUUUUUAAUUUUAUUACUUAUUUGUUCUUAAUGUUAUUAUUGUCAAUAAUACUAUUAUAAUGUUAAUAACAAAGAUAUCCAGUAUAAAACUAGAAAUUUUCAUUGUCAAAAAUUCAAGGAAAGGAUUCAAGAGAUGGGGUCAGGUGGGCCCAAUUAUUGCCUCUUUGCUGACUAAGCACUUCUGGAGCCAUCCAGUUGUAAACAAAAUUUGUAAAAUAACCAGUGGACAUUGCAAGUGCUCUCCUGGUAUCAGUGGGUUGAGCCAACUGCCAGUGACAAAUAGCCAUUUUUAUGAUUGAUAUGUAAUUCACCGUCCAAGUGGCAAGAAGCCAGUUCCAUGAAUACACUCUAUGUAUAUUCAGCCUCAUUGUGGCAAGGAGCCAGUUUCAUGAAUACACUCUAUGUAUAUUCACUCAUUGUGGCAAGGAGCCAAUUUCAUGAAUACACUCUAUGUAUAUUCAACCUCAUUGUGGCAAGGAGCCAGUUUCAUGAAUACACUCUAUGUAUAUUCAGCCUCAUUGUGGCAAGGAGCCAAUUUCAUGAAUACACUCUAUGUAUAUUCACUCAUUGUGGCAAGGAGCCAAUUUCAUGAAUACACUCUAUGUAUAUUCAACCUCAUUGUGGCAAGGAGCCAGUUUCAUGAAUACACUCUAUGUAUAUUCAGACUCAUUGUGGCAAGGAGCCAGUUUCAUGAAUACACUCUAUGUAUAUUCAGACUCAUUGUGGCAAGGAGCCAAUUUCAUGAAUACACUCUAUGUAUAUUCAGACUCAUUGUGGCAAGGAGCCAAUUUUAAGAAAAAUACUUUAUGUAUAUUCACUCAUUGUGGCAAGGAGCCAAUUUCAUGAAUACACUCUAUGUAUAUUCACUCAUUGUGGCAAGGAGCCAAUUUCAUGAAUAUACUUAUGUAUAUUCACUCAUUGUGGCAAGGAGCCAAUUUCAUGAAUAUACUUAUGUAUAUUCACUCAUUGUGGCAAGGAGCCAAUUUCAUGAAUACACUUUAUGUAUAUUCACUCAUUGUGGCAAGGAGCCAAUUUCAUGAAUACACUCUAUGUAUAUUCACUCAUUGUGGCAAGGAGCCAAUUUCAUGAAUAUACUUAUGUAUAUUCACUCAUUGUGGCAAGGAGCCAAUUUCAUGAAUAUACUUAUGUAUAUUCACUCAUUGUGGCAAGGAGCCAAUUUCAUGAAUACACUCUAUGUAUAUUCACUCAUUGUGGCAAGGAGCCAAUUUCAUGAAUACACUCUAUGUAUAUUCAGCCUCAUUGUGGCAAGGAGCCAGUUUCAUGAAUACACUCUCAUGUAUAUUCACUCAUUGUGGCAAGGAGCCAAUUUCAUGAAUACACUCUAUGUAUAUUCAGCCUCAUUGUGGCAAGGAGCCAAUUUCAUGAAUACACUCUAUGUAUAUUCAACCUCAUUGUGGCAAGGAGCCAAUUUCAUGAAUACACUCUAUGUAUAUUCACUCAUUGUGGCAAGGAGCCAAUUUCAUGAAUACACUCUAUGUAUAUUCACUCAUUGUGGCAAGGAGCCAAUUUCAUGAAUAUACUUAUGUAUAUUCACUCAUUGUGGCAAGGAGCCAAUUUCAUGAAUAUACUUAUGUAUAUUCACUCAUUGUGGCAAGGAGCCAAUUUCAUGAAUACACUUUAUGUAUAUUCACUCAUUGUGGCAAGGAGCCAAUUUCAUGAAUACACUCUAUGUAUAUUCACUCAUUGUGGCAAGGAGCCAAUUUCAUGAAUACACUCUAUGUAUAUUCAACCUCAUUGUGGCAAGGAGCCAAUUUCAUGAAUACACUCUAUGUAUAUUCAGCCUCAUUGUGGCAAGGAGCCAAUUUCAUGAAUACACUCUAUGUAUAUUCAACCUCAUUGUGGCAAGGAGCCAAUUUCAUGAAUACACUCUAUGUAUAUUCACUCAUUGUGGCAAGGAGCCAAUUUCAUGAAUACACUCUAUGUAUAUUCAACCUCAUUGUGGCAAGGAGCCAAUUUCAUGAAUACACUCUAUGUAUAUUCACUCAUUGUGGCAAGGAGCCAAUUUCAUGAAUACACUCUAUGUAUAUUCACCUCAUUGUGGCAAGGAGCCAAUUUCAUGAAUACACUCUAUGUAUAUUCACCUCAUUGUGGCAAGGAGCCAAUUUCAUGAAUACACUCUAUGUAUAUUCACUCAUUGUGGCAAGGAGCCAAUUUCAUGAAUACACUCUAUGUAUAUUCAGACUCAUUGUGGCAAGGAGCCAGUUUCAUGAAUACACUCUAUGUAUAUUCACUCAUUGUGGCAAGGAGCCAGUUUCAUGAAUACACUCUAUGUAUAUUCAACCUCAUUGUGGCAAGGAGCCAGUUUCAUGAAUACACUCUAUGUAUAUUCAACCUCAUUGUGGCAAGGAGCCAGUUUCAUGAAUACACUCUAUGUAUAUUCACUCAUUGUGGCAAGGAGCCAAUUUCAUGAAUACACUCUAUGUAUAUUCACUCAUUGUGGCAAGGAGCCAAUUUCAUGAAUACACAAUGUAUAUUCAAUCUUGUUGCAGUUUUGUAAGCUGAUGUACUCAUCCAGGUAGCAAAGCAAAGGGCUAGUUUUGUAUGAAGAGAAACUAACUGCCUGAAAAUCUGAUGAACCAUUAGCCUGUGUAUGUUCAAAAUAGCUAUCAAGGAGCCAAUUUUCAGUAAACAAAUUUUGAAAGUUUGUUCACCUUCCAGGUAACAUUAUCACAAUGUGUACAAAAUCCUUUUCACAAGAUGCUAAUCCUUUGUGACAAAUCAUAAGUAGGGGGUGUGACUGCUUCAGUAAGUAGAGUUUACAAAAUUUAAUUUGUCCAUUUACAGGGAUUGUCUAAUAUCAGGUGACAAUGUCUUUUAUUCAUCUCUCCCUUGUUAAGGAGCUCAUUUAUCUGUUUAUAUCACUUUGUUGUUGUUUAAAACCAUUGUGACAGGAGUUGACUUUACCUGAACAGCAAAAAUGCUUGUUCUACUUCUGAUGAUAAAGAGCUGGUGAAUUGGCCUAAUGUUUUAAAUAGUUGCAGCAAGGGCAAAAUAGUAUAUACACAGGUUAAAAAGUCAAACAAAUUCCAGAUGGCAAGGAACCAGUUUCAUGAACACUGUUCUAAACUGCUUUGACAAGUUUUACUUCAUUUUAUUUUAUUUUUAUUUUUUUCUAUUAAGAAAAAGGUUGUGUUACUCUGAUGAAUAUAUUCUGAAAAUGAUAAUACAUUUGCCCUAAUCUGUGUAUAUUUUCAUUAUAUGUUUUGUAAUUGGAUUAUGUAGAUGAAGUACAUUGACAUUAUAUAAUUUUAGAAAAAAAAUGUUUAAUUAAUUUAUGACAUUAUUUUAUACCUUAAAAUAUAUUUUGUUAUUGAGAUUAAUUUUCCAGAGUAAUUUUGUCAUAUUGUUAUAUAAUUUAUUUACAUUUCAAAAUUAUUUCUCAAUUUUUUAUUGUAGGCUUAACUUGUAUUCUCUAUAUUCAAAACAAAAUUUUGCUGCUAAGAUAUGAUGGAAUGCUACAGAUUUUUAAUUCUGAUGGAUUAAAAGACUUAUGUCAA